CCAAGAGCAACUCCACACCAUGAUGUUACAUGAAGGAAGAAAAGUUCCUUAAGAAAAGUCAGACCCCAGCUUUUGAUCCAAGUCCACCUGCCUUUGAAAGCAGUCACCACCACGAAUAUAUAUAUAAUCUUUAAAGAAGAGACAUUCAUGGCAUCUAUCUAAUCAGCCGCCAUGAUCCAAACUGGGCGCCCAGAAGACUUCAUGAGCAAGAAGCUUUUCGCUUUUUGUCUCUUUUCAAUUGGAUAUACCAUAUUCCUGCUCUUUGGCUCUCCAGCUCCACCAUCCCCGGACGAGCUCAAUGACACUUCUGUCUCAGACCAAGAUCGCCCACCGACAUAUAAAGGCCGCCAAGCUAUCAGCACAUUCCUAGCUUCGAAAUCUAACAAGAAGGCCGAAAAUGAUGACAACGAUGAUAGCUACUUUGUGAGCGCGCGGACACUCGUAUACCAGUUGCUCCAUUCGCCCACCACCAAGCUUCAACACCCAGUCCCCGUGGUGGUGCUCGUCACCAAGGAUGUUGAGGAGAGCAAGCGUCAAACUCUUCAACAUGACGGUGCAAUUGUUGUCGAAGUUGAGGACGUUACACACAGCACGCCAAUUAUUGCCGAACGGUGGACAUCCAUGGCGACGAAGCUGCACGUUUUCGAUCCCGCCCUCGUGCCUUACGAAAAAGUCCUCUUCAUGGACGUGGACAUGGUCCUGACCCGUCCCAUCGACAAAAUUUUCCAAGAAUUAAGCACCGAAAUUGGCCCAAUUACCAAUGCUACCCAGGUCGACGCUGAACUCGGUCCUCUGCCCGAGCAAUACAUUCUAGCCGCCUCGCCCGAGUCGCACCAGAGGGACCAUACAUACCCGUUCCUCGAUUCUGAUCACACAGUCAGCACUUUCGACAGCGGGCUAUUCAUGUACUCUCCCUCCGUGGAGCUAUAUCAGUACUAUAUGCGGCUUAUCGACCAUCCUGAUCUCUACUAUACCGGCAUCCCAGACCAAGAUCUCCUCAACUACGCACAUCGCUGGGGCGGGCCGAUGUCGUGGAAGCGCCUCAACUGGUCCUGGUAUAUCAAUUUGCCUAAUAAAAAUGAUGUGCAAGGUGGUAUGGCUCUGUUACAUGCCAAAUGGUGGGAUCAGGAUCCGUCCCUUUCUAGCGAAUCCGUGGAGGAGUUUGCUUUUGCUCGUAGGUGGGAAAUGGAGGGAUAUUGGAUGGGCCGAAAGGCCAAGCCCUAGUCUUUGAUAGAAAGCAGUGCGCGGUGGCAAUCUGAUAUCGAUUUUUUUGUCUUGUUUUCACCAGGGAGGC